UCGAUUUAUCUCCUCUACUUUCUUCCUCGAUGCCGUUCCCCGUGACCGAUUUCUUCCGGCCUCGUGGCGCGGAAUCAUUCUCCCGUCUCUUUGUAUUGUGUAUGUAUUUCAAUUUCUUUUCGUACAUGUGGAAAACCGACUAACAGAGUAAUAUUAAUUUAACACCAGUCAUUAUUAUAAUAUAAUUAUUAAUUAUUAUUACUUAUUUACGCUCUAUCAUUACGUACAUUCACGCAAUAAUUGUAUUGCCGCAAUAUACCGGGAACACCGGUAAUGCUCUUAUAGUUGUAAACGAUAAUAAAUCAUAUUCGCAGCGUAAUCCCGAAUAAUCCAAUCCUCUUUUGAUUUUGAUUCAGGAGAACGUUAAUAUUUAAAACAAUGGAGAGGAAUAAACUUUUCCCACUUUCCCCCCCCCCUCCCCUUAUUUCUUCUCACAGAAUAUGCUUAUGUUAUUAUAUCUAAAUCGUGGAAUAGUAACCUUACUUGAACGAAUGCAAAAGUAGAAUGAUCAAAAGUGAACGGAUCAAAAAUUAACGUAAACUGACAGUAAAAACUUUACUUUCCUCGUUAACUUGUAAAUAUCGUGGAUUGUAAAAUUACUUAAAAUGAAAGGAAAAUCAGUCAAAAGAAGAAUGAAAGAAAAAAUAGCACGAUUUCAUUCCGUAACCUCGUAUUUUCCGUUCGAAGAGAAUCGAACAAGGAUUAGACAAGGUAGGUAAGAAAAUUACCGUUAACGAAUUAGAAUGGAAUGGAGCUGUGUCGCAAAUAAAAAUGUUAGACUAUAUUUCCUCUCGACCGGAUUCCUCUCGAUCAAUCGAAUCGAUGUUUCGACGCAAAGCAAUAAAUGAUUAAUUCUCCGAAUAAUUCAAAAAAAAAAAAAAUAAAUAAAUAAAUAGAAAUAUCAUGAUCGACAAGAGUAGGAAAAGAAUUAAAGCUAUAAAUCAUCGAUCCAUCCACAAAGGAUCACAGAGUAGAAUUUAUUUAUUCCACUAACCUUCUAUCCAUCAUUCACGAGGCCAUAAAUGUUCCCACGAGGUAUUGAAAGCCACACAGAAAUCCCGUAAGUCAAGCCCGUGGGGCAGGUCCAGUGAAAUUGUCGUUUUUCGCGUACGGAGCAACGGGGUCGGGAAGACUGGUUUGCACCAUGGGAUUAGUCAACGAGAAGACGUCGCGACGAGCGUACAUCCCGGGCCUGAUUCAGGCCGACCAUGGCUGUCGACUUGAAGUCGAUUUUCCGUCUCGCGUUCGGUUUAUCGGUGAUCAUCGCCUCGAAUCGAGCCAUGGCUCGACCGCAGCGCGCCGAUUUCGAAUUUUUGCCCGUGGGGGAGUAUAAUUGCUCGUCCUUGAACAAGAACGAUUGGUCCUUUGAUAAGAAGAAUCGUGAAGCAAGAUUUACGGAUUUAGAGGAUAUCGUAUACAACGAGACCGAGGAUCAUUUAAUAAUCGAUAAUGAAAUCAGAGGAUUUUCUUUCUCGAACAUCGUCGAUUCUGUGUUCACUGUGAUGGCUAACGGACUCGAUUCCAUCGUGACUAGUAUCAUCGGAACGGAGAAAAGUGGCAAGCCUAAACCCAACAGAGUGAAUUACAAAAAUUAUCAAUUGAUCAGAUUGUUCCCUAGUUCCCAAGGACACGUGAACGAGUUAAAGGAGCUGAAGGAGGCCGAGACCGAGGAUAUUAAAUUCUGGAGCGAACCGAUGUACAACAAAACAACCGACGUAGUCGUCGCUCCAGAUCUUGUCCCCGAACUGAAAAUAUUCCUUAGAGACAAAGGAAUCGAUUUCAAAGUUUUGAUAACGAAUAUUCAGAAAACGAUAGCGAAUCAAAAUCCAAAAAUGUCGAAGGAACAACGGGAUGAUCUCGUCUCGAGUCAGGGACACAGUAUGACUUGGAAACGAUAUCAUCGAUAUGGAGAGAUCGUCAGAUACAUGGAAUAUCUAAAUCUAAAGUAUCCUAAACUGGUCGAAGUGAUAACGAUAGGCCACAGUUACGAGGGUCAACCCAUUAAAAUGGUCAAAAUUUCGAACGGGCGAAACAAAAAGAAUGGAUCCAAAUCGGCUGUCUGGAUAGACGCUGGUAUGCACGCGCGUGAAUGGAUCGGUUCCGCUGUGGCGACCUACAUCAUCAGCCAGUUAGUCGAGAAGAACUCGAGCUACGCUAAAUUGCUGGAGAAUUCAGACUGGAUGAUCUUACCUGUCGCGAAUCCGGACGGCUACGAGUACAGUCACACGAGUGACAGAUUGUGGAGGAAGACGAGGAGCAAUCACGAGGAGAAUCAAGACGACAGUCGAUACACCGAUUACAGCUUCCUUCAACUAUUGAACCAUUAUACGAAGUGGUUAUGGGGUAAGUGCGAGGGCGUCGACCCGAACAGGAAUUUUGGAUACCAUUGGGGCGAGGUGAAGGAGGGUGGGGCCAGCCUGGACCCUUGCCACGAAACUUACGCCGGUCCACGAGCCUUCUCUGAGCCGGAAACCAAGGCGAUGGCCGAUUAUAUCUUGGCCAAUAAAAAGGAUAUCAGGAUUUAUCUGACGUUGCACUCUUAUUCGCAAAUGUGGCUCGUACCGUGGGGAUACACGUAUUCGAAACCGUCCGAUUAUACGGAAUUGAUGAACGUAGCUAAAAAAGCAAUAGGGGCGAUCUCGAAGGUACACGGGACCGAUUAUCAACUCGGCCCAUCAGCCGAUUUGUUAUACCCAACCUCAGGUGCUUCUGACGAUUGGGCCAAGGGUGUAGCCGGUAUAAAAUACGCUUACACGUUGGAACUUCGAGAUCGAGGAACGUACGGAUUCUUGCUUCCAGCAUCGCAAAUCGUGCCAACUGCUCGUGAAAUUUGGGCAGGGAUAAGAACGAUCGCUCGUUUAGUAACGUGAGAUCCGAGAAUGGCACUGAUCUCUCAUUUUCUGAGAUAUAUUUCAUCGUUUUUCAUGUUUACAAAGAUUAGAAAGUUUUUUAGUAGCGAAAUAUCUGAAAAAUCUGUAUGAUGGGAUGACAUUGCUGCUAAUGUUUAGCAUUGAUGUAAACCGAAGAUAAUUUUUUUUCAGCAGCAAUUAUCAAAUAUGUGGGAAAUUCUUUUUCGAGAGAAUUAAAAUAUAAUAAAAUUAAUAGCGGGAUUUUUAUAUUUAUUGUAUACGUUUUAAAUAGAAAUACGAUCGCGUAUGAUUUAAACGAUGACUUGUAAAUAUUGUAAAUUUAUUAUUAUUUAUUAUUAUUAAAAUUAUUCAUAGAGAUAAUCUAAUCUAAUAAAUGUAAUUAAUCAAGAUUGAUCAAUUUAAAAUGAUUUAUAAAUGUUGUAUAAAGAAAUGUAAUGAAUUUUUAAAAAUUGUGAUUCAUAAUUAUGAGAUAAAAACGAG